AUGUCCUUUAUUAAACUUAUACAGGCAGCAAUCGGUGCUGGUCCUCUUGACGAACCUCCAGAAGGUCGACCGGUCGGCGCUAUUCUCCGAGAUGACCAAGGGCUUGACAGGGAGACCAAUACGGAGAAAACUGGGAUCGACACCGGGAAGCAGGUGGUUCCUGAUGUUUCCGUCGAAACGGGCACGGUGGUUAUCGAUGUGGUCCAGGUGGUUUGGGGUAGGAGAGGCCGAUUUCUCGUCAUCAUUGGUUUGUGUUUAAUCAUGAUUGUAUACGAGAUCGACAAUAGCACUGUCUAUAUUUACCGCAACUAUGCCUCAUCGGAAUUUGGGGAGUUAUCCAAACUUGCUACCUUGAGUACAGCGGGGACGAUCAUAUUCGCUGUUGCAAAACCACCUAUUGCCAAGUUGUCUAAUGUCUUCGGCCGUGGUGGGACAUACCUCCUUGCCAUUAGUUUCUAUAUAUUGGCCUACAUUAUCAUGGCUUCAGCUAAAACCUUUAAUACCUAUGCUGCGGGCUCUAUCUUAUAUUCACUGGGUCAAUCCUCUACAAAUCUAAUGAACGAUAUUGUGAUUGCGGACUUGACGACGGCCCGGUAUCGAGCCUUCGGAAUUGCCCUUUCAUUCUGGCCUUUCCUGGUUACGCCUUGGGUUGCCGCUUUUAUUAUCAACAGUGUAACCGCACCUACAGGCAUUGGCUGGCGUUGGGGGAUAGGCAUGCUUGCUAUUAUCAUGCCGUUCUGUGCAAGCUUUAUUGUUAUCACAUUGCUGUGUUACCAGAUCCGAGCACAGAAGGGGCUCAUACUAAGGGAAAAGAUUUCCUUAUACGAGUUCUGUUCGCAGAUAGACCUCGGCGGUGUAGCCCUGUUUAGCGGUGGCCUAGCCCUCUUGCUCAUUCCGAUGACCCUAGCUUCCACAACUUCAUCGAGUUGGAAGACUCCAUGGGUUGACACGCUGAUUGUACUUGGUACGGUGUUACUUAUUGCGCUCCCUUUCUACGAGCGGUAUUUCGCCGAGCACCCCGUGGUGCCUCCUCGCUAUUUUACCAGUCGUACCAUAACCCUGUGCUGUAUGCUUAUUGCGAUGGAUAACAUUGGCUUUUCUGCAACACAUACGUACAUAUACGCCUGGGUUACUGUGGCACGAGGCCUUGAUGCUCGUGAUGCUACGUUUUUCACCUAUACCAACGGGGUAACGCAAUGCCUAAUUGCAAUCGUUGCAGGGUUGGCAAUAGCUAAGACCAAACGCUAUAAAUGGGUUUGCGUACUCGGUGCUACUAUACGUUUAGUUGGCUAUGGGGUCAUGCUCCGCCUUCGGGGCUCCGAAAAUAGUAUUGUGGAAAUAUUUAUUGUGCAGCUUGUUCAGGGAAUCGGCAGCGGAAUGGUCGGCUCAACUUUACUUAUCCCAGCCCAGGUUGUUGUAUCUCAUGCUGAAAUGCCGCAAAUUACUGCCUUGGUAGUCUGCUUUGCCUUCGUCGGGGGUAGCAUAGGUUCCUGCAUCGCUGGUGGUAUAUACACAGGUAUGAUACAGAUGGAAUUAUCGAUGGCCCUAGGCGACGUAUCGACGACGGACACCGUAUCUGCGUUGGCAAAUUCGAUUACGGCCGUUCUUCCCGAAUGGGGUUCACCCGAACGAACUGCUGUUAAUAUUGCAUUUACGGAGGUAAUGAAAUACAUAACAUACGCAGCUGUAGGGCCAUCUGCGAUUGCCUUCAUCGGGUCACUCUUUAUGCCCAACUAUGAAUUACCCGAUAAAAACAAUCUUGUCGAGUGA